GAUUGGAGAUUAUACAUAUAAGGCUGGCUCUGAUGAAUUCUCAUGUCAUCAAUACUCUCUCUUUCUUGUCUUUCCGCUCUGUUGCAUCUUCAACGGAAAAGAACACAACAAACAACUUGUUUUCUGGUUCCAUCGUGGGAUCAUGUGUAUAUAUAUAUGUAUGUAUAAAGAGCUUGCAGUGCCGGCAAGUCGAUGCAGGUUUAGCUUUGUAUAGAUUCUUUUCGGUGAUUGAUUUUUCUUCAUUUGGUUAAUUAGAGGGAGAGGGAGAUAGGAGGGGAGAAAAGAACGAAAAUGUGUACUGAUUGGUUAGGACCCUUAACGGAGUUGGCCAAGUGUGCGAUAGUUCCCCUGGCUAAGUUUCUGGCGAAGUGCUGUUAUGAUCUGUUCUGCUAUCAUAAAGUUAUUAAGGAGCUUGAAAGUGUAGCUAGUCGGCUGAAAGCGCUGCACGUCUUAAUCCAAGGUAUGGUCAACAGUGAAGUCGUCAACGAUGGCGGUCUCCCCGUCUGGCUAGUGGGAACGAAAAUUCUCAUCAACGAGCUCGAGAAAAUAAUACUAUACAGCAAAGUUGAAUCAGACGGGAAGUUCUUCUUGAUGAAGUGCCUGUGCACCAGGUGCUGUAAUUGUGGAGAAGCUCAAGAAAAGAUGAAGGAUGCCAUUGCUAAGAUAGAAAAGGCUGACGAAUUUGAUCUGAGGCUAGUAGGGAAAGCGCAAUCAGGUGGUCAUUCCAAGACCCACAAAAGAUCUAGGAGUGAAGUUUUUCUGGGGGAGCUCCUCCACAAUCCCCCUUCUGAUGAUCUAAUUUCCGACCCCAUUCCCUCCAAGAAAACGCCCAAGUUAAUGGCUGAAUCUGCGGCUUCUCACAGCUUGGCGAUCAUUGAUGAUCAGCUGGAAAUGGAGGUGCAGGAUAUGAUAGACACUCGGGAUGUGCGCAUAGAAGAAGGAACCCGGAUGGUUUCUACCCAAUUCGUCCGGCGGCGGAUCAAUAUUACAAGAAGAAGCCAUGUAUAAGACCAAUUAAUUAACAAAAAUGUUAUUUGUACACUCAUCAAGCAGUGAUACAUCACUCAGCAUUUGUGUCGUAUAUUCAUUUUAUUGUGAAUAAUUGCAUAAGGGGUUAUUCAUUAAUAUUUGUGAAAGUAAACAUACAACAUAUUAAUACUGAUUAUUAUAUGAAGUGUCAA